AUGCGGCGAUGGUUCAUGUUAUGGCCGGCAGCGGGCCUCGUGUUCGUUGUAUUCACUCUCUAUGUCCGCCGAGAACAACUCGCACCAAGUCUGCUUAGGCCCAAUGCGAAACCAAAAGCCGCGCCAUCGGCACCAGCAGCCGCUGUGCCCUCGGCCGCAAUCCCAGCGACGAGUGACGGAGUGUUAUCGCAGGAGACCAGAGCGGCAUACAUCUAUGCGAUUAUGAGUCCUGAGGCAACAGAUCUGCCUCGGCUUCAAUGUCCGAAGCUGGAGACGGCAAGGUAUCAGGACCUGCAGUUGAGCAGCGACACUAUGUCCCCCGAGAUUCGCUAUUUCUUCGCCAUCGACCUACGCCAAUGCCUCACGCUACUGCCUCGCCUCCUGGGCAGCGUCGUCGAAGCCAUUCGCUUCCUGGGCCCGCAAAACUGCGCGCUGUCCAUCAUCGAAGGCAACUCAGACGACGGUACUACCGAAGUACUGGCUGCACUUCGCCCCGAACUUGAAGCCCUCGGCACGAACUACUAUUUCAGCAGCAGCGACAUCAAUCCCAAGAAAGGCGACCGCAUCGAAGCUCUCGCCCGACUGCGUAACCUCGCCCUGCAACCGAUCUUUGACGACGCCGUUGACACCUUCUCCUCUUCCUCCAACAGGAAACGCAAUCUCUUCUCCGUCUCCACCAUAAUUAUCUUCCUCAACGAUGUCGCUGCUUGCCCCGAGGACAUCCUCGAACUCACCUAUCAACAUGCUCACCUCGGCGCCGACCUUGUUUGUGGCAUGGACUGGACCUAUGUUGGCCGUGACCCGACCUUCUACGACGUCUGGAUUGCACGGGGCCUCGCAGGCGACUCAUUCUUUGAGAUCCCGCCCGACGGCAACUGGAACUCGGCAUGGAACCUGUUCUGGAACGACGAUGUGGCCGAGGAUCGUUUCCGAGCCCACAAGCCGUUUCAGGUGUUCUCGUGCUGGAAUGGUGCGGCAGUGUUUACAGCUGCACCGCUGUUGGAAAAGGGAGUAAGGUUCCGAAGACCGAGGGAGGGGGAGUGUCAUCAAGGGGAGCCGCAGUUGUUUUGCAAGGAUUUGUGGUGGCAUGGGUAUGGCAAGAUCGCAGUGGUGCCAGUGGUGAACUUGGAGUACUCAAAUGAAGCUGGGGUAAAGAUCAAGGAGGCCAAGGGGUAUACAUCACAGUGGGUAGAGACAGCAGGCUGGCAAGACGAUGGGGUUGAGUGGCAAAAAGAGCCGCCAGAGAAAGUCAAGUGCAUGGGAGUAUAUAGUAAGCAGUUUUUCGAGGCAUGGAAUAAGACACAGCCUGGAACUUAG